GCGCAGCUGAGCAUGGGAUGCCAUAUAAAAAUCACUUAAACCAGUCACCACUCCUUGUUUCCUGAGUCGUCCUGUGCUGGAGGUCUGCCCGGAUGAAGGUCUCCAUGGCUUUAGAAGUCUUGAUGCUCCUCGCUGUCUUGAUUUGGACUGGUGCUGAGAACCUCCAUGUGAAAAUAAAUUGCUCUCUGGACUGGUUGAUGGUCUCAGUUAUCCCACUUGCAGAAAGCAGAAAUCUGUAUAUAUUUGCGGAUGAAUUACAUCUGGGAAUGGGCUGCCCUGCAAAUUGGAUACAUACAUAUGUAUAUGAGUUUAUAUAUCUUGUUCACGAUUGUGGCAUCAGGACAAGGGUAGUUUCAGAGGAAACUCUCCUUUUUCAAACUGAGCUGUACUUUACCCCAAGGAAUAUAGAUCAUGACCCUGAGGAAAUCCAUUUGGAGUGUUCCACCUCUAGGAAAUCAGUGUGGCUUACACCAGUUUCUACUGAGAAUGAAAUAAAAUUGGAUCCUAGUCCUUUUAUUGCUGACUUUCAGACAACAGCAGAAGAGUUAGGAUUAUUAUCUUCUAGUCAAACUUGCUCUGAGCUAAAGGAGAAAUGGAAACUUGAAGCUGGUAUUAGGUAUUUUGCGGGAAAACAGUUUUGUUUUUUCAUAGCAAAAGCAUAGUUGGUGUAUAUCUCUCCUUAAGUCUCUGGUUUCUAAAAACCCCACUAAAGGUCCUGAUUAGUUGAUUAGUGAAUGUGUAUUUCUAAACAUUUGUAUUCAGUAGGGGUGUGACUUAUUAAUUUAACAUUAACUAUUUGGUAAUUCAUAUUAUAUAUUUAAGUUUUUUCGUUCUGUGUAGAAGAUUCAGAAAUAUGUCUUCAAAGACAAUUACUUGAUCUAAUUGAUAAAAACCUCCAAUAAAUAUGUUCUAAUAUUUUUCAGGAAGAAGAAAGAAUAGAGAGAGACAUAUAAAUGUGCAAGAGGCAAAACUUUGAACAUAGUGUAAAAUUUGACAUAUUAACUCUCAUGAAAGGCAAAAUCCUUUUAUGUGCAGAUACUUUAAUUCAUGUAGACUUUCCUAUUAAUCAGUAAAGUUGAAUCCUAACAAUAAUGCCAUGUGACAACCUAUUUAGAUUAUUCCAGAAUUAAAUUCAAUUUAUUUUCUAGAGCUCAAGUAACCACUACCUUAACUGAAAUUUGAUGUUAGGUUUCCCUUGUUCCUCCGAAUGGUUCUUCCACACUCAAAAUAAUUGAAUGGUUGAGUUGGUUAAGCAAAGAGUUAAAAGAGUUAUCCUGCCACCUAAGAGCAUUCAUUAAAUGAUUAUUUAUUACCACCUACUUUAUACUAUCUUCCUUUCUUUAAACAUGGAGUCUAAAUAUGUAAUAUAUCAAAAAUACUUCUGAUUUGAUAGAUUUCUUAUAUCAAGGGUGAGAAUUGAACUGUGCCAUUGGCUAUUCAAUAGCUUAUUGAAUGUAUGUUUUGAUGCUACAUGCUCCUGGAAGCAAAUUUUGCCAAGAUACUGUUUAUUAUUAUUUUUAAUUAAAGUGAUACUAUUCCAUUUUCAAUUAAAUGCCAUCUAUACCUGUUUACUUGUCAAAUAAAGAAUUUGACCCUGUCAUAGUGAA